AUGAUCCAUAGCACGAAUCGACUGCUGUAUUUGCAAGACCAGAACGUGAUGAACAAGUCAACUUCGGCUGAAGCAAUUACCAAAUUGCUACGGUCCAGUACUGAGCCGUUAGAUACAAUCGUCAAAUGUGCACACAAAGUUCUCAAUAAUGAUUUUGACAUCUACUUUCCUGAUAGUACGAUGUUUAUUCUAUCUUUAUUAAUCGACCGAUUGAACGACAGAUCGUCUACAAAGUCAAAAUUUUACCAUUGGAAAUAUGAGAUGGAAGUGUGGGAGUUACUUGAGCAGGUACUAAAGAUACUGCGGCUUGACGUUGCACGUCGAAAUAGACUUAUUGAAAACUUGAAACUAUACGACAUUUUAAUUGAUUUAUUAGCUUGUGAAAAUACAAAUCAUGAGUGUUUAAGCCGUGCAUUUGAAAUUACCGAGUGGAUUCAAAGGAAUGUGUAUUUGGAAAUUGAAGAGUCGACCGCCAAUUCCUUGCUUAAAGAAUACUUGAAAUAUGCUUUAAGAAGUAACAAUGAGUAUCCGCGAUGGUCAAGUAUCAUCGCACAACUAUACCGGCAAUCCUGGGAUCGUGCUACACAAAAUGGUUCCAGUAAAAAAAUAUAUGCAAAGUUCAUGGAUGAUUGUUUGGCAUUAUUUGUUAAGGUUGUAGGUGGUCAAAGCACUGAGCUGCCCGCAUUGAGACAAUUAUUUAUCGAAAAGGCUUUUUUACCGGAACAUUAUACCGAAUUUACAACUAAAAUAGAAAGACUUUUACUGCCAGAUGAUGUUACGCAGCACAAUAUUGAAACAUUGUUUAGUAUGGCUGUUGCAGAGAUCAGCUCAAAGAAUGUGGUUCAUUUGGAGCAACUUUACGUGGUGCUUACUUCUAUUUUUCCUGAGCUUUCUGUGCUGCUUCUUCAUAAACUUGUUGAUCUAAAUGGUACUUUGUCCCUGAAAUUUGUUGAAGAGCUAUACACCAGAGAGAUUAAAGACAAGAAGUUUAUUGAUUUAGAUUGGGAUAUGGUCAAGCUCAUAUUUCAAACCAACAGUGAGCUUGCAACUAGCAAGUCCAAAUUUAUCUUUGAGAAGUACAAUACCGCGUUCAAUUUGGAUGACAAAGUCCUUGCUGUUGCCAAAGUUGUUGUUGAUUCUUAUGCAAAAAACAGAGAGCUCGUUGAAUUCUUUACAAAGAUCUGGCCAAAAGUCUUAAAGAAAGACGAGGUAUGGGAAACCACGGAGUUUGUGAGCCAUGUUGCACUGUUGGUGCGUUUGCUUUCAACGCGACAGUUGAAGGAAGUACUCGACUUUAUUUCUCAAUUGGAUCCUACUACAAUAUCUGCGCUCAGUAUAGCCAUCACCGAUGGAUUAAGGAACACCAAUGCUCAGACUGUAUCUGCCGUAAAGGAAAUGUUAUUGACUAAUCUUAAAGAGGCAUGCGGUGAAUCUUGGCAUGUACAUUACAAUAUUUUGUGUUUGUACCCCGAUUCUAAUGUCAAUUAUUUGGUCUCCGAAUUGCUGCUUAAAAGUUUAGAAUCCGAUCCUUACUACUACUACGUUGUGUUUCGUCUCUAUGAAUUGAGCAAAAUCAGUUCAAUAACUAAUGAACAGCAGGAUGGUUUCUUGAAAAUUUUGAAUGCUUUUAAAGACUCUGAUCUGUCACUAGUCACAUCAGUAACCAAAAGGUGGUUCACUGUGCUCAAUCAUUGUUUUUCAACUGAAAAUUUGAACAAGUUGGCGGUAUUUCUCAUCAAGUUUGCUUCGUUUAAAAACAUUCCUGAUGAAUUUUUUGAGCAACAAAAAUUUGUAACUCUUGUGUCAAAAGCAUUACUGCAAAGACCAGAGCCUAGUGUUAUAUUGCAUUUCCCAGUAGCUUGCAUUCCAAAGAGGAUAAGAAAGGAAAUAAUUGAUGAGCUUGUUGAACAGUAUUUCAAAGUUCCUUCAAAUGAUAAACUUUAUUGUAUAAAGCACUUAUUAAAGGGAAUGAGUUUGCAUUCAAAUUUAGAAACCAAGUUUGAAGUAUUAAAAAAACUUGAGCAGGAUGUGAAUGGCAUGACUUUCCACGAACAUGACGAGGACAUGAAGAAGGAAAGUAAAGAGUUGGUUGAAGGUAUUGUUUCAUUGAUCUUUGCAGCUCAUUUUAAGCAAAUAAAAGACAAAGAGUCAUUCAGGUAUAUCUCCAAUGUAAUUGAGCUGUUGCUUACCUCACUUUCGCUGGACAAAUUUGAUAUGACAUGUGAGUUGGAGAUUGUGACAAUAAUACUUAAAGAAUGUACCACCGACUCAUUUGCAGCGAUACAAAAACUUCGCGAAACAUUCAUAUCAUACUGUUUAAUUGCUUUAAACAAUUACAGAGAUGAUAAAGUGACAAGAUCUAGUAUGUUGCAAAGUUUAGUCAGUUGUGCGAUUGCAUCUGAAGCAACAUUUGAACAAAUUACUACUGGAAUAUCAAGUUUCGACGCCAUGAGCUUGAAAGAUGCAACUAUGAGCUCGACAUUGACAAAGUUGAUUGCCAAGAUAAUGCCAGUAUCUCGGAAAUAUGCAAUUUAUUUUUUGGGGUUAUUGUUGAUUAAUCUGUCUUUGGGCGAAGAAGAUGCGUUAAUUGCACUGUGCUGUUAUUUUGAACGACAAUCGAUGGAUGUUGCUGCUCAAGACGAUAUAAUUGCAGAAUUCCUUGGAUUUCUCAACCAAGCUGGUUCUGUAAAUUCUGCAAGAGCUUUGACCAUUGCAUGUGCCUUGCUAAACAGCUCCCGAAAGGGGACAAACCCUAAACUUAUUUCUAAAUUGAUAUGGUCGAUUUCCACAUUAAAUGCAAAAGCAAACUCAGGUAUUGUGUCCAGCAUCUUGAGAAUCACUAGAGAAGUAUUAUCGACAAAGCCGUACCUUUUUGAUCAGUAUGGCUUAGAAAACACUAUUUAUUUGGUCUCAAACAUCGUCAAGAAUGUAAGAGCCGAAAGUGACAAUAACGUUAGCGAAAGUAUAUAUGUUGCAUCUACUCAAGUGCUUUCAUCAAUACUUUUAUACCAUAGGUUUCAGUUGACAACCCGUCAUCAUAUCCUAAUGGACAUUAUGACUUUCUUGUUGCAAGACUUGUGCACCGUUGGAUCGCAAGCACACAGUGUACAAGCUGCAAGUGCGUAUCUGAGACUUUUGCACAAUAUGUGUGAGCCCAUGAAAAGAGUAGAAGAUAGGCUGGAGAAGCAUUCCACCACCACCACAACAACAACAACAGCAGCAGCAGCAGCAGCAUCGUCAUCAUCGUCAUCUUCAUCAAAAUUGUCAAUACCAACUUCUAGUCAUAGUUUAACUCCAUUGUCAAACGAGUACAAAAAGUACUUAAGGCGACACGUUCCUAUCUUGUUGACGAAUUACGUCAACUUUCAAUUAAAGUUCAAUUUCGAUAAGGCGGUAAAUGACACAAUUUCCAGCGGUAUUUACAGCAUAUUCGAUGUGUUAUCUCAAAGCCAGUUGCAUGCUCUUAAUGCAGCUCUUGACUUUGGAGGUCGGGCAUUUUUCAAAUCUUUGUACAAUGACUACAAAGAAUACGGAAAAUGGAAAGGUUGA